UUGACCAAAAAAAAAAAAAGAAAAAACCAAACUUUCUCUCUCUACUUUCUCCUCUUCUUCUUCCUCUUUCUCUCUCUAAAACUCACCGCCUUUUCGCCGCCGUGUGAACUUUCAGUUACCACUGUUUUCUUCUCUCAAAAGAGGCAAAAAGAAGUUCAAAUUUUCUUUUUCUUUUUGCUCCAAAAAAAUUUAUCUUUUUUGUUUAGUUUUUAAACUUUCUUUUUGCUUUUGUAUUGAAAUCUCCAUGAAUUUGCUUUGUUUUAGUUAAACAGUUGAUUAUCUACAAUACCCAUUUCUCCAUCUAUGAAAAUUCAUUGUUUUUUCCUCCAAAAAUUCGAUCUUUUUUCUUUUUUUCUUUUUGCUUUUGUGUUCAUUCUAAUCUCCAUGAAUUUGCUCUGUUUUAGUUAAACUGUUAAUUAUCUACAAUACCCAUUUCUCCAUUUUUGAGAAUUCGAUCUUUUAUGCUUUUAUGUUCAUUCAAAUCUUCAUGAAUUUGCUCUGUUUUAGUAAACAGCUACAAUACCCAUUUCUCCAUUUUUGAAAAAUUUGAUUUUUUUUUGCUUCUGUGUUUAUUGAAAUCUCUAUAAAUUUGCUCUGUUUUUGCUAAAUAGUUGAUUAUCUACAUUACCCAUUUCUCCAUUUUCGAAAAUCUAUUCAUUUUUUUCAUCCAACGGCCAGGAUUCGUUGUUCUCUGUUACUACUAGGGCUCUCUCUGUGAUUGUCAGCUUUUUAAUUUUAGUUCUUUUGUCUUCUCUACACAGAUUUUUGGUUAAUUGGCAUCACGGAAAUGAUUAUUCUCCAAUUAAAGAGGCUAUUUUGGUGUAGUUUAUUCGAAGUUAGUCUUUAAUCCCGUAUGCUUCUAUAUCUUUUAAGCGAAAAGGCGGAAGAGGUUGAAUUCUUAUAGGCUAGGGCUAUGGAGCCUAAUGGACAUAGAAAGGGUAACAAAAAGAAUACGGUUUCCCUUCAAAACGGUGAUCUUAGCACAUUGAAUAUUGAUGAUGAGUUGGAUCCAUGGACUUCCUGGGCGAACAAACCUCACACUAUUACGUUGUUGCUUAUCGGUGCAUGUUUACUCAUUUGGGCUAGUGGAGCUCUCGACUCACAAAACACUUCUUCCAGUGAUAUUGUGGCAUCUGUGAAAAGGGGUGUUUGGGCUAUGAUUGCUGUGUAUCUUGCUUACUCUUUGCUGCAAGCCCCCUCCACCGUGCUCAUUAGGCCACAUCCUGCCAUUUGGCGCCUAGUUCAUGGAAUGGCUGUCAUUUACCUUGUUGCUUUGACGUUUUUGCUUUUUCAGAAGCGGGAUGAUGCUCAGCAAUUUAUGAGAUAUCUACAUCCUGAUCUUGGUAUUGAGCUACCUGAAAGAUCCUAUGGUGCUGAUUGCAGAAUCUACGUACCUGAAAAUCCCACAAACAGGUUUAAGAAUCUUUAUGACACACUGUUUGAUGAGUUUGUUUUGGCUCAUAUCAUAGGGUGGUGGGGAAAGGCCAUCAUGAUUCGUAAUCAACCUCUUUUGUGGGUUUUGUCCAUUGGAUUCGAGUUUAUGGAGCUUACCUUCCGCCACAUGUUACCAAACUUCAAUGAGUGUUGGUGGGACAGCAUUAUUCUUGACAUAUUGAUCUGCAAUUGGUUCGGCAUAUGGGCUGGAAUGCGCACCGUUCGGUAUUUUGAUGGGAAAACAUACGAGUGGGUUGGCAUUAGCAGGCAACCAAAUAUCAUGGGCAAGGUCAAGCGAACUCUUGGACAAUUUACGCCAGCUCAUUGGGAUAAAGAUGAAUGGCGUCCCCUUCUAGGUCCAUGGCGGUUUAUUCAAGUCCUCAGUCUUUGUGUCAUAUUCUUGACUGUGGAGUUAAAUACAUUCUUUUUGAAGUUCUGUCUUUGGAUUCCUCCAAGAAAUCCUUUGAUAGUGUAUAGAUUGGUUUUCUGGUGGUUAAUUGCGUUACCAACAAUCCGCGAAUAUAACUCGUAUCUACAGGACAGAAAACCAGCGAAGAAGGUAGGAGCAUUUUGCUGGCUUUCAGUGGCGAUCUGCAUUGUUGAGCUCCUAAUCUGUAUCAAGUUUGGACAUGGAUCAUUUCCAAACCCAAUGCCCAAAUGGGUGGUAAUUUUAUGGUCAUGUAUCGGUACUGGCCUUUUGAUGUCGUUGGCUGCAUGGUCGUGGCAUUUACAUAGAACGAUGAGGAGAAAGCGCGAUUGAGUUUACGUUUGCAGUUCCCCAGCCAUUCUUUAUUCCUUUGCUUUCAUUUGGGUAGAGUUCAACCAUGUUGUAAAUACCCAUUACCUUGUAACUGUAUAUGGUUUGCAUUUUUUUUAGGUUAAAUCUUAGUACAUUUUAAACAUGUAGUGAACCUCAAUUCUUUUUCAAUAGGCUAAAAAGUUCUUGUUUGUUGAGCUGCAA